AUGAGCAACGCCGCCCCAACUCGGCAGCCGCUCGACGACGAGGACGUCGUCGGCGAGAUCCUUUGCCGCCUCCCACCACAGCCGUCCUCGAUCAUCCGCGCCUCCCUCGCCGUCAAGCUCUGGCGCAACCACGCCGUCACCUCCGCCUUCCGCCGCCGCCUCCGUGCCCACCACCACCACGCUCCCGUCCUCGGCGUCUACGAGAAGGACGCCAGGACGCUCCGGUUCAUCCCGGCGUUCGUCUCUCCAGAUCGUAUCCCGCCCGAGAGGUUUUCGCUGAAGGUAAACCCCGACCACAGCUACCCCGACAACUGGGCCGUGCUUGGGUGCCGCCACGGCCGCGUCCUCAUCGUCAAUCGGACCCGGCGCGAGCUCCUCGUGUUCGACCCAAUCUCCGGUGACUGCCGCGAAGUGGCCUUCCCGGCGGACUUCGUGAACAAACGCCACACCACCAACGGAGCUGUGGUCUGCGAGGAUGAAGGUAUAGGAGAUUCGACAAAAUUCCGGGUGGUGCUGGUGGGCGUCUGGGGCAAAGGCCGUGACGGAGACCUCUCCGCACGCAUCUACUCCUCUGAGACCGGCGUGUGGGGCGACCUCGUAUCGACGCCGGAGCACCCAAAACCAUGCCGCGUCGGCCGACUCCCAUGCACCCUCGCCGGCAAUGGGCUCUACUGGUGGCUAACUGAGCCUCACGGCUGCAUACUCCACUUUGAUUUGGGUAGCCAGCAGCUAGCCGUGAUCAACCGGCCUCCCGUCGCCGACAUCAACAUCGGCUGCAGCCGGAUCAUCCGGACAGAGGACGGCGGCAUCGGCCUCGCCGUUCUGUCCUACCCGACUCUCCGGAUGUAUAACCGCAAGGUGGGUUCUCAUGGUUCUACCACUUGGGUGAUGCGGAAGGUCGUCGAGAUGGACAAAAUCCUUGGCUACCCAUCUUCGAUGGAGAUGGAGGCGGGGCAGACAUACAUUACAGGGUACACCGAGGAGGCCGGUGCCAUUGUUGUGUCGGUGCAUUAUGGAAGAAAAGAAGACUAUCUGUACGUUGUUCAACUCGACUCCAUGCGGUACAAGGAGAUUGGUGCAGACUUCUUGGAGAACGCCUAUUACCCAUACGCAAAUUUCUAUACCGGCGGCCCAUCGGCGCUCCAACUUCCUGCUCCUUUGGACAAUGAUGGGGGCGCUGUUGAAGCGGAGGAUGGUGAUGCCUCUAUACCUGAUGACUCGAACUCAGAAAAGUGA